AUGGCGACGUCGGCGCUCGACGUGCAGCAGCAGCUCUCGACGCUCUCCGUCUGCGCCAUCGCAGACGCAAUGGCAAAGCUUCAGCUCCAGAGCCAUCUCGUGGACGUGCAGCUUGUUUCAAGCUCUGUCGCCUCCUCCUCUUUCGUAGCCACUAGCAUUUGUGGUCCAGCUUAUCCAGUUCAAGUUGUACCCAUUCCAGGCGUCCCCAUUGCACCGAAGCAGCCAUUUCAUUAUGUCGAUAGGACCGAAGCGGGUCAAGUGAUUGUUAUCAGUGCCCCUGCUGGUAGCACAUCCGGUGUCUUUGGUGGUCUCUUGGCUGCAGCUGCCAAGGCUCGUGGUGCAGUGGCAGUCGUGACGGAUGGCCGUGUGCGGGACGUGCAGGAGCUGAACGCUUUGGGAUUUCCUGCUUUCUCUAUCGGGACGUCCGCGCACGGUCAGCAAGGCAGGACGGUUGUGGCGGACGUGAACUGUCCCAUUGUUGUUGCUGGCUGUGUCGUUCGUCCUCGUGAUAUUAUCCGAGGCGAUGUCAAUGGCGUAGUUGUUGUUCCUCUUGAACAUGCUGCUCAGGUAGCUGCUAUGGCGGCGAAAAUUCAACAACAGGACGAAGAGGUUGCAAAGGCAGUGGAACAAGGCGCUGGACUGCACGAGUCCUUCAAACGCUUUCGCUCGAAGCUAUAG